AUGAAACAACAAAUUAAUAAUGUCAAUUUGUUAUUGAUGAUCAUUGGUUGUUUAUUGAUUAUGAUAAUGAUUGCUGAACAUGUCUCUUCUCAAAGAGUUAUUCUCUCCAUGACUUCCAUCUCUCAAACACCAUAUCUUUACACUGGUUAUUUCACACCUGAUGUCAGAAAUCAACAUUGGAAUUGGGUUGGAUCUAAUCUUCAAGGAAUUACCAAUCCAUUUUAUGGUGAAUUAUCAAUUCCAAUUCAAGGAUUUGAUCCAAUCAUUUAUAGAGGUCAUCUUUCUGCUAAUACUAAUUUUGUUUCUAAUACUUUUCCUUUUGCAUUGAUGAGUGUUGCAAUUACACCAAAUUCUUUUAAUGGAACAUUCUCUAUUGAAGGAUCAAUUCAAUGUGGUGAUAAUGUUACUGGAGGAGGUGCACUUAGUGGUUUAAGAUUUAAAGGAAUUACUAUAGAUGGAAAAAGUGAAAAUCAUUCUGGAAAUUGUUUUAAUUAUCAAUGUCAUUGUGCACAAUGUCGUGAUUCUGUUACUGUUGCCAUGUCUGUUUGUUAUCAAUCUAUUACUCCAAAACCAUCAUUUUUAGGAAAAUAA